GCAGUUAGCCAUGUUUUGAACGUUCUGUUGUUGGUCUUUUCCGCCAUACUGGCAAAAUGGGCGUGGAUAUUUGCCACAAACAUGACCGUAAGCCGGUCAGGAAGGAACCUAGAAGUAAGGAUGUGUAUCUGCUCUUACUUGUGAAACUAUACCGUUUCUUGGCUCGUAGAACUGGAGCCAAAUUCAACAAGAUCAUCCUAAAGAGGCUUUUCAUGAGCAAGAAUAACAGACCCCCAAUGUCUGUUGCUAGGCUGGUUCGUAAGAUGAAACUCAAGGGAAGGGAGAACAAGACUGCUGUUAUUGUUGGCACGGUUACGGACGACCUGAGGAUGUUUGAUGUUCCCAAGCUGAGUAUUUGCGCUCUCCACGUGACGGCGAGGGCGCGCGCGAGAAUUCUCAAGGCCGGUGGGGAGAUCAUGACCUUUGACCAGCUGGCCCUGAAGUCCCCGAAGGGACAGAACACCGUCUUGCUGCAAGGCUGUCGCAAGGCACGCGAGUCGUACAGGCACUUCGGCGCCGCCCCUGGUGUUCCGCACAGCAGCACGAAGCCAUACGUGCGUAGCAAGGGCCGCAAGUUCGAGCGCGCUCGCGGUCGCAGAAAGAGCCGUGGCUACAAGAACUAAGCGUCCGGACGGUGAACGAGUUUGUGUAACAGUGACCUGCGGGAGUCAGGAUAAUGAGAGAGGGAGAAGUACAUGUACACAAGUAAAUAAAAAUAACAUUUUGAAUGAAAUGUU